AUGGCUUUGUUGUGGCUAACAGCCGUGAUUCCUGAAUGGCGGCCCCCUCUGUGCAUAGAAUCCAAUUAUAUUUGCGGCUCAGCAACAUCUUUGCAAUUGCUCUUUUUGUGCACAUCUUUUGGGCUGAUGUCUGUUGGAGCUGGUGGCAUCAGAUCAUCAUCCUUAGCCUUUGGUGCAGAUCAGUUGAGAAUAAGUGGUAGUAAUCAGAAAAAUUCAUGGAUCCUUGGACGUUAUUUUAGCUGGUACUAUGCCACAGCCACUCUGUCCGUUCUAGUUGCUUUUACUUGCAUUGUCUAUGUUCAAGACAACCUGGGAUGGAAAGUUGGUUUUGGGAUUCCCUUUGUGCUCAUGUUAUUGUCAACUCUGUCAUUCACCCUGGCUUCUUCCUUCUAUGUCAAGAUGAAGUCUACGUCAAGCUUAGCCAUUGAAAUGCUUCAAGUUGCAGUUGCUGCUUUUAGAAAGCGCCAUACUGAAUUAUCUUUAGAGAGCUCAAACAUCUUCUACUAUAACAAGCAGGGCUCGUCAAUUCUUCCAAGCGAUAAACUGAGGCAAGUGUUUUCAUCUUUGGGAAUAUCAUCUUAG